AUCAUUAUCACGGCUAGGAUCCUGCUCGGCGUUUCUUUCCAAAGACUCUUGUGGCUUAACUCGGGCGUGCUACUCCCUGGGUGACUGCAGUGUCUUCCCCCCCUCCUCCUCCCUCACUCCUCUUCUGCUGCAUCCUUCUCUCCCAGGAUGGCGGAGGCUGAAUUGCACAGGGAAAGGCUACAAGCUAUUGCAGAAAAAAGGAAAAGGCAGACGGAAAUAGAAAGGAAGAGGCAACAGCUCGAAGACCAAAUACUUCAGCUGCAGCAUUUCAAGUCAAAAGCACUCCGUGAAAAAUGGUUGCUGCAAGGAAUUCCUGCCGGUUCACCAGCAGAAGAAGAAGCCAGGCAGAGGCAGUCAGAAGAGGAUGAGCUGAAGGUGAAAAACCUUGAAGGAAACGUCCAUAGGUUAGAACAAGAAAUAGGAAAACUAGAAAGUGAAGAAUCCCAAAUAUCUGCCAAAGAGAAAAUCAUCUUAGAGAAACUAAAAGAAACAGAGAGAUCCUUUGAGGACUUGCAAAAGAGCUUCUCGCGCCAAGAUGGAGAUGCUGUAAAUUACAUUUACUCCCAGCUCCCCGAACUCACAACCCUCUAUUCACGAACAACAGAGCCGGUUCCCGGGAAAGACGGAACAAACAGGGUAACUGCUUUGUACAGCAUGGAAAUUAAUGUGGAGAAAGACAAACAGACAGGAGAGACCAAGAUUCUCUCUACGUCCCCCAUUGGCCCAGAGGCUGCCCUUCAAAGAGGAAUCAAAGUCUAUGACGAUGGUACCAAAGUAGUCUAUGAGAUGCACUCUGGGGGUGCGGUGGUAGAAAACGGAGUGCACAAGUUGAGCUCAAAGGAUGUAGACGAACUCAUUCAGAAGGCUGGACAAUCAAGCGUAAAAGGGGGGACUGUGUCGAUAGCGGACGGAAACCUCGGCCAUAUGAAGGAACAGAUGCUUUUCAAGGAGGCCAAACUAGAGAUGGUGCACAAAUCCAGCAAAAGGCAUUCCGAGAACCCGCGACACCAAGCAAAACUCUCUGGAGAUGAAGUCCCAGAAGCCACCGCAGAUCACCCUGUAACAAUGAUAUUUAUGGGCUACCAAAACAUUGAUGAUGAAGAUGAGACAAAAAAGGUGUUGGGCUAUGAUGAGACAAUCAAAGCCGAACUGGUCCUCAUCGACGAAGACGACGAAAAGUCGCUACGUGAGAAGACUGUGACGGAUGUCUCAACCAUGGAUGGAAACGCUGCGGAGUUGGUUUCUGGGAGGCCCUUAUCGGACACAACUGAGCCCUCCUCACCGGAGGGGAAGGAGGAAAGUCUACCAAUGGAAAAACUCCCAGAAACUAAGGGAUUUAACGUGUGGCCUGAAGAGAUAACUGAAAGCUCUGAGGUGGAAGUGGCAGCCACGAAAUCAUCUAGACUCUCUGAGGAUGACAUCAAGUUGAGAAAAGAGACAGACCGAUACCGUGCCAAUUUCCUGGACCCUGCUGGUGUGCAUGCAGCAAAGGGAGAGAGGAUGGAAAUAGAAGCCCUGGCCUCCGAACGUAGAAGCAUCACAGUGGGGACUUCAGCUCGCGCAGCAGACAACCAAACUCACUUCACUUCCCCUGCUACAAGCCACAAUGGACUUAAAGACAGGCACGAAUCGUUGGACAGUGAGGUUGCUAAAGAGAUCAGGUACCUCGAUGAAGUGCUAGAAGCAAACUGUUGCGAUUCGGCUUCUGAUAACCCCUUUAACGGGAUGACUUCCUCCUCCCCUGAGCCAAGCGCAUCCAUUGUUGUGGAUGGCUCUAGUCCAUCUGUUCACCUUGCUAAUGAUUCCAGAGCACCCAACGAAAGCGGAAUCAUUGUAGUUCGCGGGCAAGCGGCUCCAGUCGUGGAGCACAGUGGAAUAAACGUCGUGCCCAGGAAGCUUAAGCCAAAUGGCCACUCCAUGGGCAUCCUGCAAGAGGAACACUGUGACAGCCUGAAAGUGCCAGUGAGUCCAUGCUCUUCCACAAGCUCAAGGUCUUCCAAGGAUGGAGAAGCGACGUUGGCCACCAUUAAGAAAGAGGCUAAGUUUGAGCUUAGAGCGUUUCAUGAAGACAAGAAGCCAUCAAAGCUCUUUGAGGAGGAGGAUCUAAGGGAUAAUUACAGAGUGCGUAAAGUGAGGCCCUCCGAGGAAAUGAUGGAGCUGGAGAAAGAGCGGCGGGAGCUCAUUCGAAGCCAGGCUGUCAAGAAGAACCCGGGUAUAGCAGCAAAGUGGUGGAACCCUCCCCAGGAGAAGACGCUGGAGGAGCAACUAGAUGAGGAACACCUGGAGUCUCACAAAAAAUACAAGGAACGCAAAGAGAAGCAGCAGCAGCAGCCACCAAUGCCUGUGAAACACAUCUCAAAUUUGUCUGCAGCACCUGAUCCAGCUAGCAGUAAAAAGGUUGAGGUUGUCACAGAGCAAAUAGAUUUUUCAGCUGCACGGAAGCAGUUCCAGUUAAUGGAAAAUUCAGGCCCGCCAAAUAACACAACAGCAGCACCCAAGAGAUCAGGGACCCCCAAAAUGUUCACCAUACAACCCUUCUACAAACCAAUAGGUCCAUCUCAAAUGGACCGGCGAACAGCCUCAGUUACAAAGCCUGUCUCUCCGUGUGGGCAGACUUUGCUAGUUGGUAACAACGAUAUAACUGUUGUAAAAGCUGAGAAGGUGUCUUGCAUCUUAGAUGACAGUAGCGUUCAGAACAUCUCUGGUGACUCGGUGAGAGUCUCUCCAUACAGUGAUGCCACGAAACAUGGCCAUGCUACAAAGGGAUGGUCAGAUGAUGGCGAGUUCAUGAGUGCAAAGGCUGUCUUUACAGUGGUGAGAGAUGAUGAGCAGGGCACCUUAGAUCAGUUCUCGAGGUCAGUCAAUGUGUCUUCCCCUCCAGAGGAACUGGACUCUGGGCUGGAUGAAUUGUCAGUGAGAUCUCAGGAUACAACCAUUUUGGAAACACUUUCCAAUGACUUCAGCAUGGACAAUAUUAGUGACAGUGGUGCCUCCAAUGAGACAAUGAAUGCCCUUCAAGAAAAUUCGCUCACCGAUUUCUCCUUGCCCCAGACCCCUCAAGCUAACACUCCUUCCGACCCUCGAGGAGACGGUGUUUUCAAGUCACUUAGCGACCACGGCUUUUAUUCUCCAUCUUCACCGUUACUUGACUCCAUGCUCAUUGAUGAGCAGUUGGAAUACCAGGCUGGCCUACUGGUCCAAAACGCCAUUCAGCAAGCCAUAGCUGAGCAGGCUGACAAAGCAAGUUUUAAGCAAUCUUCUGCAGAGGAAAAGAACCUCCAGGUCAAGGAACAGGAGGAGGAGGUGGUCAAGGCACCAUGCUCUGAGAAACAGCACAAUCCAACAUUUCAGCCACCUCAGGUGUCCUCUCCUGUGCAAGAAAAGCGAGAUUCAGCACCAAAGACUUCUGCAGCUCAAGACUCUGUACUCAGGGAAAGGCAAGUUCCACAGCCAUCUCCUGUUGCUCACGCCACCAGACCAGUCACUGUGGAGGAAACCAAGCCAGAAGUCAGCUAUUUCAGCAAGUAUUCAGAAGCCGCUGAGCUAAGGAGCACGGCUUCCAUUCUGGCUAUGCAAGAAGCGGAGGUGACAGUAGGGCCUUUCAAAUUAAGGUCAAAAAAGCAGAGGACUUUGUCUAUGAUAGAAGAAGAAAUCAGAGCAGCCCAAGAAAGAGAGGAAGAACUGAAAAGACAAAGGCAGGGUAUGCAGCUGGCACGCAGCCCUGUUGCAAAGAGUGCGCCUCCUCUACCCACCAGAACUGUGUCUUACAGAACUGCACCAGGUAAAAUAGAGAAGAUCAAGCCACCUCCAUCCCCAACCGCUGAAGGUCCCCCCUCGCAUUCCGACUCGGCAUCAGACGAAUCGGGAGGAUCCCAAAGACCCAAGAACCUGAUGCAGACUCUUAUGGAAGACUAUGAAAGUCACAAAACCAAGAGGCGGGAGAGGAUGGAUGAGAGCAGCUACACCUGUAAAUUACUGUCUAACAAGGUUACCUCUGAGGUCCUUGAGGCUACGAGAGUCAACCGCAGAAAGAGUGCCCUGGCGCUGCGGUGGGAAGCAGGCAUUUAUGCUAACCGAGAAGAAAAUGAAUAGUUCUCUUGGUAAAAUAAAAGAGCAGUUUAAAACAAAAAACAAAAACAAAAAAAUGCAGAGACGGAAGAAACCAAAUAGAAGAACAAAGUUUUAAUUUUUUUUUAAAGGAAAGCUUUGGCAUUUUAAUCCGGUAUUUAUUACAAGUGUAUCGAUCUCUGCAACCCAUGUUUAAACAGAAGCAGUUCAUAUAUGCAUAGAUAUACGCACAAAACACGCAGAAAAGUUAUACUAAGGAAAAGCACCUGCUACUCUCCCCCCUCCCCGCCCCCCUGCACACACACCAAAAAGAAAAAGGGCCUGAAGAAGCAAGGAGCAACCUUGGUGCUGAUAUCAUGGCUGUGUCAAGAAGCAGCAGCAGCAGCAGCAGCGACAACCCAAGAGGACACAUUUCGGAGCGAGCAGAACGAACACGUGUUCCUUUCUGAAUAUUGUCUUCUUCCCAGCCUUAUAUGUGGAACAGGAAGAGUUUGGCCUAGAUAGUAUUUCACCACAAGAUGGCACCUCACAUGGAAACAAACAAUUGUUCAAGCUGUGUAUGGGCUUGACAGCAGCUCUUCAUCGUCCCACGUGUAGCGUUGAGAAGAGGGCUAUUACUGUAUAUAUCCUAGACAGCCAUAAUAUAGCAAGGUUUAUUUUUUAUUUUUGCUGUUAACAAAUAGGGGGGGGGGGGAUUUGGAAGGCUUUCUGUUAAUUUAAAAGUUUUUGCUUGUUUGUUUUUUAUUAGAAAACAACAAAACAGAGGCUGUUAACUUGCAAAUGUGAAUGUACAAUCCCAUACAUUUAGCCAUAAAAUACGAUGUAUUGUUUUUUCUGUUUAUUUUUGAAAGGGUUUUUUGAGGGAGAUGGCAGAUUGUUCGCUUUUCUCUUAACUUAUAAUGGGGUGGUUUUUGUUGAAGAUUUGCCAUCCCCUUUUUUUUCCUCCUCACAUAAUCAGUAUGCUUAAUAAUGUUUCCUUUUAGCAGUGCUGCACAAUCCAUAGGUAGCAUAGAAGAGAGAAAUGCCAAAUAAGAAUAUCUUAGUUUUAGUGGGUCUAUAUGCUUGAAGUGAGCAGUUUGGCCUCCUCUUUGUUUCUCAGCGCUUACUGGCAUUAUCAUCUGUGUUUAACAUGAAAAGGACCAUUGGAAGAAGAGUCGGGCUGAGUUGAAAAGAUAUGGGGAGCAUCUGAACCAUUGAAAAUAUUUUUACUUGAGGCAAUAACUGACACAUCGAGUCGGAAUGUUACAGAGAAGGAUAUGAAAGAAAAAUAAUGGUAUCUUGAACUAUAUUUAUGCUACGUAAAGGUCUUAGUUAAUAGAGCGGGGAGGGCAGAAAUGUUUUGUGUGACCAUGAAAAUGAAAAGUUGGAGAAGGUAACGGAGGGAGUUGGGAAGAGAGGAGCCAGGGCCAAAGGACUAUUUUUGCUGUUCAAACAGUGUUUUCAGAGCUAAAAGAUAUUAUUGCAGCUUUAGUUCGAGUGUAGGGUGGGAAUCAGUGACAAAGGAAUAUGGAGUGAUUGUGUGUUUGUUUGUUUGUUUGCUUGUGUGCGUGUGAAGUAGAAUGGUGAAGACAAAGAAAUGUGGGUGUAGAGAUUAUUUUCUCCAAAGCUGUUUGCCAGCUCUAGGGGUAUAAACGUGUGUUGUUGUUUUUCUUUUAUGAAAAGGGAUAUAAAAAGGCACUAAAACUGAUGCAGUAUUUGUUAAUAACUAAGCUGAACUGACAUGGUAUUUGCAUGAGUUAACAUUUCCAAAAGUAUUGAACAGUUUUGUAAUCUUGACAUUUAGAAAAGAAAUGCGGUAUUUAUUCCUGUGCUUUGCCUUCUGGCGUAGUAUUAGAGGCUGCUGGUUUUCUCUUGUUGUGUUCAAGAAAUGCAGUAGAAUGUGUUUAGUGAUGGAAUCCCAAAAAUUUCUGGACUAGAGCUUGUCACAUUUUAGGCAACUCAAGAAUGGUACAUGCAUCUUAACUAGAAAUUACUUUUCAUUGAUUUUUAAGAUGAGGUAAAACAAAAAAACCAGCCCUCAACAAGUUUCUCUUCUCUUUCCAUUUUAUUUUAUGUUUCAUGUUAUGAACAGGAUCUUUGUAUUCUGCUGUUCAGACGAACAAGGAGAUUUCAUGUUGAAAUACAUUAAUUUCCUCCUGGUAAAUGUCUAAAUAUAAUCAGAGUAGUAUGAACACAACAGCCUUGGCAAGGAUUCUGUACUGUGUGCAGAAACUAAAUUAGAAAUAUUUGGCUAUACAUAGACCAGCUGCUUGGAUAACAUCUGUACCGAAUUCGGAUGCAAACCUCCAAACCAAGCUCCUCACGUAUAUAGAGGAGCCAGUCAUAAAGAAUUGAAGAUAAGAGUUUUGUGUAUGCAGUGGGAGCCUUCCCUGCCAAUAGGAGGAUCCAAAUUCUGUGCAUCAGCAACACUCCUUGGUUACACACCAGGCUAGCUAACCUCUGUUUACCUCAUUAGAAAACAUGGUGGAUCCUAUGCCCUUUGCAGAUUUUGUAAUCAGAAAAUCCAGUCAGAAAAUAUUUUCUAUAAAUGAUCUUUAUAUUAGUGGUUUGCACACUUUUCUGAUUACUUUUUUUUUUAAUGAGAAUUUGGGGCACGAACCAGCCUACGCAUUUAGCUGUUGCUUAUUUAAAUCAGUGGAGGGUUUUGCUUUGUUUUUGGUGUUUUAAUUUUGGCUGGGUUGUGCGAUAGGUGUUUCCCCGAGGUUUAAAUGCUGCACAGGCAAGAGGAAUUCAGCUAAUGGGAUGAAAGGAAAAAUAGGUAUGUUGAAUGAGAGAAAGAGGGAGGGAGAGAGAUGCAACACGGUGGAUUCGAAACCAGAAAGGGCCAGAGACCAGAAUUUAGAACCUUUCUUUCUUCCCGGCAAGGGCCACCCAACAUUUUUCAAUGUUUUCUGAACCUUUUUGCAGAAACUGCCUGUACAAUCAAGUUGGGAUUUAUUUAUUUUUUUACUCCAAAAGACUGUGUCUUUCAAAAGUGAGGGUUAAAAAAAAAUUCUCAGGAUUAUGACGAAGCAGUUGGAUUCUGUGCUGAAGAUGUUUUUAAGCCAGCAGUGGGCAAAAUGCUCUGAAAGAUGGAGCGUGGAGAAGGUGGGUGAUCAGCUUACAUUACACACAACCCUUGCUGAGAAAUGAUGGUUUUCUUAAAGGGGAGGUAAAGCUAAAGAUAAUACAUUUGCUUGGAAUGAGAUGCUUUCUCCUCCUUUACAAGGUUGUAGUCAGCUCAAGGUGAAAGGGCAAGGAGUUGUUAAGAGAAAAUCCCCUUUUUUCUAGAAGCAAAAUUUUUUCAAAACAUAUGUUUCAUUUGUCUCUACGUAUCUUGUUCCAUUCUCCACCCCCUCUGUGUUUUCCCCCAGCAGCAAAAAUCUGAGAUGGGUCUCGUGGCAUCAUGGGAUAACUUUGCUAAAAGGAAAGGGAGGCUUGAUUCAUUAUGCUAUUCCCACAACAGAGUUUUUGAUGGUUAUUAUUGUAAACUACUGACAAAGGACAGUUUCUUUUUCAGGAAUUACGGAACCUUAGCUACCAUUUUCAGCAAGUGCUUUGACAGUGGAGCAAUGGACUCAUCUCUUCAUUAUUCCCACCACCACUGCUUAAUGUCUUUAAAUAUAUGCCAGUACAUGCAAAUAUAUUCAACAACAACAACAACAAAUUAAUGCAGAAUAAGCUUUGCUUCCAGGCACAUACAAAGAGUUAAGAAUUAUUACUUUUUUGAAGCAAAUACCGAUAAAAUUGAACUGUGCAUUGACUUAAUAGUUAAGGAUUGCGAUUUGUGACGAUGUCCAGGAUUCCUUAACUGCAGAGCUGUUUCCUCAGACCAGUUCUGACCAUUUCACUCCCAGUCCAGAAGGAUCCAUUGCAGAAUACCGUUGCAACUCCGUCGUUGCAAGUGACCAACCACUCUUGCUGCAAAAUAACGUGGCUUCUUGUAUAUGUUUAACCACUUCAUUGCUGUACCCUGCUUCUGUUUUAUAGUGACUGUGAGGCAUAAAAUGCAAGUAUACACUUAUUUUCUCAUUAAAACUUAAACUUGU